AUGGGUGAAAAGAACUUAACGGUGAUGACUGAAUUCAUUCUAAUUGGAGUUACAAGGUGCCCUGAACUGCAGCUUCCCCUUUUUGGGGUCUUUCUCAUCAUCUACAUUAUCACAGUGGUGGGAAACCUGGGCAUGAUCAUCUUGACCAAGGUGGACUCCCACCUACACACUCCUAUGUAUUUUUUCAUCAGACACCUGGCCUUCAUUGAUCUUGGUAAUUCUACUCUCAUUAGUCCCAAGAUGCUGGUAAAUUUUGUUGUGGAUCAAAAUACCAUUUCCUAUUAUGCAUGUGCCGCACAGCUGGCUUUCUUCAUUUUGUUCAUUAUCAGUGAACUUUUCAUCUUGUCGGCAAUGGCCUGUGAUCUCUAUGUAGCCAUCUCUAACCCUCUGCUCUACAAUGUUAUCAUGUCCCCGAGAUGUUGCCAUGUGCUCGUGGGUAUUCCAUACCUCUACAGUACCUUUCAGUCUCUCAUGUUCACCAUUAAGAUUUUUACAUUGACCUUCUGUGGCUCUAAUGUCAUCAGUCAUUUCUACUGUGAUGAUGUUCCUUUGGUACCUAUGCUCUGCUCAAAUGCACGAGAGAUACAAUCAUUGAUCAUAAUGUUUUCAGCAUUUAAUUUAAUAUCCUCCCUCCUGGUUGUCUUGCUGACCUACAUGCUCAUUCUGAUAGCCAUAUUUAGAGUGCAUUCUGCUGGGCAGGAAAAAGCUUUCUCCACAUGUGGCUCUCAUCUGACUGUGGUGGUUGUGUUUUAUGGGACUCUAUUAUUUACGUAUGUGCAGCCCAAAUCUGGUCACUCAUAUGAUACUGACAUAAUAGCCUCUGUGUUUUACACUUUAGUCACCCCCAUGCUUAACCCCUUGAUCUACAGCUUAAGAAACAAAGAAGUAAAAAGUGCCUUGCACAGGGUCUUUAAGAAUUCAUGUAAUCUUUGUGUUUAAUAUUCAAUAUGCAAUAGUGUUUUGAGGCAAAUGUCACUGGAUAAUAUUUCUAAGACACAGAACUACAUUCUCUUUGGUUGCAGAGCUAAGACUAAUUAUAAAGCAGAGGCAAAUACUCUGUGUCUAUUAUAUUCAUCAAAAUUAAUUCUCAUAAUGUAUAUUUCAAGUUUAAUGUCAUUUCUUCCCCCAAAUUGCAUGCUUUCUAUUCAUUCUUUCCUUAUGUCAUUCCACAGAAAUUCAAAAUUCCCUCAUGGAAACAUUUAUCAGACAACUCAUCAGUAAACUACAUGUUUGUUUCAAUAUGUUAUUUUAUCUUUUUUGGUUUUCUUUUUGUUUUUAUUAAGAAGAGAAUAUUCUCAAUCUUGCUUUUAUGCCU